AUGCGAUGUACUGCAUCCGCAGAGUCCAGCGAGAGGCUAACAUUGGGCGAUCGUUCCGGAGGUGAUUCAAAAGUCACAGUGAGCAGGGCACGGUAUACAAGCAGUCGAAUGAUACUCUCGCACGUCGAGUGCAAGAAAGAAUUCAGGGAGAAUUGGAAAAAUAAAUCCUACAACAACCACGGAAAGAAAUACUCAAAGUGGACCAGUGAGCGCAUUUUCCAGGUUCACUGGAAAGCCAGUUUUCUUAAACGUGGAGCCGAAUCCCUAGCUGUUAAACUAGUCAGAGAACCAUAUUUUCAGCUGGCUAUCGGGUAA